GUCAAUCUGGGAAUUAUAGGUAUAAUAAACAGUGAAAUGAAUACAAAGCUAUAGCUAUAGUGUUAGGAAUGCAUUGAAUUGAAACUUGAGUUACAAUUAAUUGAUUUAAUAAUUGUCAGCAAAUUGUUGUGAUUUGACAUCAAUUGCAAUGAUUAGCUCAUAAUUAGUAUAUAAAUAGUGAUUGAGUGCCAUAUGUUUGGAUCAAUUGUUUGAUUUGAUGAUCAAAUAAUGACCAGUGAUUACAGUGAAUCACAAUUAAAGCGCAAACUUCUUGAAUGGGAGUUGUCUUUGAAUCUGACAGACAUGCGAUCCAAUGCAUGGUUUCACGGAUCCAUCAGCCGAUGCAAAGCCGAAGAAUUACUCGAAAUAAAUGGUCAGUUUUUGGUGCGGAACUGUACGUCAAGACCUGAUGAGUACGUGUUGUCCACCAGAAAUGGAUGUUAUGUUUUGCAUUUUGUCAUUUCUCGAGUCUUAAUCAACGCCAACACCGACUACCAGACCGUUGGCUAUGCUUUUGAAGACGACUACUUUGACUCGAUAUCCAAUUUAAUCACAUAUUAUGUCGGAAACAAACGGCCAAUAAGUUUGGCCUCAAUGGCAGUCAUUACAACACCUGUCAAUCGAUUGCAUCCUUUAUCUGAUCUUCAAGAAUAUCUAAACAAACAAUCAGUUGAUAUGAAGUAUAAAUCAAAUGAACUCAAUUGUUGUGAAGACAUGGUCAUCGAUGGUCAGUCAAAUCGAUCUCCAAAACACAAUAAAUUAGACGCCAAUAAUAUAAUCACCAACUCUUCAUCACUUAACGACAUCCAAUCUAUUAUUGAGAAGAGAUUUUCAUCAAUUAGUCUAACUUAUGAUAAUAUGUCGCAAUGCAGUGGAUAUUCUUCACACAAGAAUGAAUCCAAUGGUUCAGAAGACAGCGCUUUCUUCUCUGAAAACGUAUCUCCAAAACAAUUAGAUAAUAAUAGCAGCAAUUUAUAUGAUUAUACGGAGCACUCGUCACAAGUUAGUUGUGAUUUCAGUGAAACGAAAGUCUCUUUACCACCUCUUUUGUCUCAAAUAAAGAGUCAAACAUUUCAUACAUAUUUACUUCCAAAAGACAAUAAACCGUUAGACACGACAGCUAUUGUUAAGAUUAAAUCAGUUCUUUUAGAUACUGGACCUCGAGUUUUAGCCAAUCAUUUAACUAAAUGUGAUAUUGAAUUCAUUAAGCUUUUAGAAGUCAAUCAUUGGAAAAGUCUAGGAAUUGGUUCUGCAUUUGAAUUAAUUCUUUUACCAAAUGGACAACAAAUGCGUUUAGAUUUAUUGGAAAGACAUAAUUGUAUGAAAUAUUUCAUUUGUAUCUCAAUAUUAACGACAAUUCAUAACGAAAGUCGAGCUAUAGUUUUGAAUAAAUGGAUUGAAAUUGCAAUCGAAGUGAAGACAGCUUUGGGUAAUCUUUUCGGAUUUUCAACGAUUAUGGAAGCGCUUAAUACCACUGCAAUCACUGCUUUAAAGUCUAGUUGGGCUCUUCUUCGCACAAGAUUUACCAAUAAUGCCAUUAUCUAUGAAACCAAUUUAAGACCACAAUUCAAAUCAAUGACCGAAUGCACUGAACCGCACGCUCCAAAUACAGUAUUUCCUUUUAUUUUUACAUUAAUACAAAUUAUGGAAAGACAUUGCCAUAUAAUGAACCAAAAAGAUUUCACUGAUGAUAGUUGUAAUCCCUUAUCGCCGAAGCAAUCAUUGGAAUCGUUGGGUCUUUGGUUUGAGGAAACGUCGGCUGAUUGCGGUCUUCAACAGAUAGUUAAUCACUUGGAGUUUGGAUCACAAUUUAAAAAACAAUUAACUAUUUAUAGACGUAAUGCAAACAUUGUAUUAAACAGCGUUCACUUCGAGGAAUUGCUGACAGAUAUGUUUAGAACUGAAUUUCACCGACAAUUUCUGUUUGGUUUUCGCGGAUCUAAUGUUAAUAGUGACCAAAAGUUUGAUAAAUUUGAUAAAAUUAUUGCAGCUUUAGUUACAAAAUGUGAUAAUACAUAACACACAACACAAGUCACAAAUUUUUAUUUAAUUUCAUAUUUCUAUACAUAAGUGCCAUAUCUUUAUUAGUCCUGUUUUGUCAAGUCAUCGCUCUAUCAUUUAGUUUACAGUAUUUAUUAUUGAAAAUUGUUUUAUAUAUUUUUAAAAAUUAUUUAUAUU